CUAGACAUUCGCAUUAUUUAUAAACAAUGGCUAGAAAACAACAAUAAAGCCACCCCAAACAAUGGGUAGAAAGUGCUGCGUCCCCCACUGUUACACAGGCUACCGCAAGUCGAAAGAAAGACCCCAAAAAGAAACCGGGUCAUUGUUUAAAGUGCCAGAGGAUGAUUAUUUCAGGGAGGAGUGGAAUAAAGCUAUCGCCAGGGAAGAUCGACCGGUCACUCCCAAGGAUUUCGUCUGUUUUAAGCACUUCAGCGAUGAGGAUUUUAUUAAGAGGCGAUUCGUGAAAAACGCAGUGGAGGAGUAUAAACUUCCUAAACUAAAACCAGAUGCCAUACCGUCGAUUUUUCCUGAUUUGCCGGAUCAUAUAAUUAAAAUGUGCAAGAAAAGGAGGAAAAUUGAGGCUUAUGUUAAAACAGAAGAUAAAACUGUUAUACCUUUGGUUCAGAUUAAGGAAGAACCAUGUGAGGAAACUGAAAUAAAUGCUGGGGAAAUAGAAAUCAAGACUGAAAUGGAAGAGAUUGAAUAUGUUGAAGAAGACUCAAGUCCUUCAAGUUACAAAUGUGACAAAUGUGAGUAUGAGUCAAUUUACAAGAACAAUUUGAAAACCCACCAAACAAAACAUGAAGAAGUGUGUAAAUAUACAUGUGAUCACUGUCCACAAUUUAAAACAAAAUGGUUGGAAACUUAUAAAAGCCACAUGAGGAUUAAACACAAUGUUGGCCCACAAAAAAAUUAUUGCUGUAACUUCUGUCCUUUUGAAACCAAAGUGCAGGUUUGUUGGAGGAGGCACAUGGAUAGACAUAAAAGAAAUAAUGUUGAGGAAAGCAAUGGGUUUUAUAAUUGCCAUUUAUGCUCCUACAAAACCAAGAUUGAGGCGUGUUUGAAAAAACACAUUGAAAAACAUAAUAAAUUAGAUUGUGAUAUGUGUAAUUUUUACACAGAUAAUCAAGAAAGUUUUAAAGCGCAUAUAGAAAGUUAUCAUAAUGAUACUUCUGUGAUAAAUAGACCACUGUUUGGAAUGUUCAAUGCUAGUCAAAAGUUUGAACAUGUUAUUGUAAAAGAAGAACCACUUGAUGAGUACAAAGAAACUUUAAGCUGUAAAGACUGCAAUUAUACCACAAAAUCUGAAGAAUGCUUACUAAUGCACCAAAGAAUAAAACAUUCCAAGUCGGCGUCGAAAGCUUUUAAAUGUGCUGAGUGUAAUUUUGUGUCUAAAACAGUGCUGUGUUUAAAAUUACACAUGAAAAAACAUAAUUGAUGUUAUGUAUUAUGUAUAAUUGUGAAAAUAAUGUACAAAUAUUAAAAAAUGUUUUAUUUAUAAACAA